CGAAAUGGACAGGGUUCAGAGUUUAAAUUUAAAAUGAUUUAUUUCAUGUUGUUCUUCACAUGUGCAAUUGCGUACUCCAGUGAUGAUGAAUCAAUUCGAAAACAUUACGGAUUGAGUUUCCACAAUCAUUGCUCGGACUACAUAAAGAGUUUCAAAUGUAUGACGACGUGCAAAAUGAUGGGCUUCCAGAUAUUCCGAAUGAAUUUCAAAUGUAAAUGCUCGUGUCAUGAUAUGAAGACUACUACUAUAGUGCCUUAUUUCAAAUGGAGGACUAAUGGAACUACUAAAACUGUACCAAAGACACAAAGCCCCCGUCUUUAUGAUAUUAUAGGCAUAGAAACAGUAACGACACAAGGGUACACGGGUAACGUGACGUGCCCGACGUUCUAUUACCCAACAACGUCACCUACUGACACAAAAAGUCAAAAUUCCACUUCAGAUUCAAAUAAUUCAACGAGUGCUAGUGGAACAGGAGCGGGCACUGGAGGCGAGGGUACAACAAUAAAUGCCCCCACCACAUAGGCCUAUCAAAAACUACGAAUGUAAAAUAAUUUGUAAAUCAUAUCU